AUGACCUACAGAGUCGGGGCUGACCCACAAACCUUGCGCACUCAGAUUCGAGCCAGAGCCAACGAGUCCGGGGGCAUCGCCUGCAGUGGCCGAGAUCAUGGCCGGUUGAGCUGGAUGCCGCCUCCGCCGCCUCCUGAGCCGCCGGCGGCCCGUGCCCAGCAGCCAUGGCCAAAGACUACUGGGAUGAGCGCCUGCGGCGAACAGGAGGAGAAGGAGAAUGGUGCCCCUGAGCAGAUAGGCCUGGAUGAGAGUGGUGGUGGUGGUGGUGGUGGUGGUGGUGGCAGUGACCCUCGAGAGGGCCUCACACGUGCUGGGGAACCUCGCUCUGGAUGGGGCCUACUCAGCGCUGCACAAGAGAUUGUGCACGAGGACCUGAAGAUAGGGUCUGAUGGGGAGAGUGACCAGGCAUCAGCUACAUCCUCAGAUGAGGUGCAGGCACCAGUGAGGGUGCGCAUGCACAAUCAUCCCCCCCACAAAAUCUCCACUGAGGACAUCAACAAGCGCCUAUUACUACCAGCUGAUAUUCGGUUGCCUGAGGGCUAUCUUGAGAAGCUAACCCUCAAUAGCCCCAUCUUUGACAAGCCCCUUAGUCGUCGUCUCUGUCGUGUUAGCCUGUCUGAAAUUGGCUUUGGGAAAUUGGAGACCUACAUCAAGCUGGAUAAACUGGGCGAGGGUACCUAUGUCACUGUCUACAAAGGCAAAAGCAAGCUAACGGCCAACCUUGUAGCACUCAAGGAAAUCAGAUUGGAGCAUGAAGAGGGGACACCUUGCACUGCCAUCCGGGAAGUGUCACUGCUUAAGGACCUCAAACAUGCCAACAUCAGCAGUUUCACUUAA